CGCGGUAAAGUGUUGCAAAUUACAAAAAUAAAUUUACUUCUUGUGAAAUGCAAGUGUUUUAAAAAUUCAAGUGAAGAAACUUUUUUAAAAUGAGUGCAAUGGACGAAAAAGAAAUUGUGGCAAUUAAUGCAGAAAGUGGGAGUAAAAGAAAGUCCCCCGAAGAAACCUCCGGCAGAGGCGAUGAAAAUUCUGAGGCUGAAAACAGCCCAAACAAGCGCAUAAAAUCGGGCGAUCCUGUGGUCCUUACUAUAAGCGAAUCAAAUCCUAAUAGUCUUGUAAAAAUUAAAACAGAGCCAGCUGAUGAGGUUGCAGGGGAUGAGGCUGAUCCGUCUGCCGAAACAUCCAGCAGUGAUACAGCGGUUCAGGUAAAAGCAGAACCAACAGAUAAUGGAAACUCACCUGCAGCGGCGAUGGUAAAAACCGAACCCACCAAUUCCGACUCCAAUGGACAAGCAACAACCGAUUCCUCUGUAUCCUCGAGCAGCACUAGAACUUCUUGUCGGUUUGGAAUCCGUUGCUACAGACGAAAUCCUGCUCAUCGGAGUGCUGAAGCUCAUCCGGGAGACCUGGACUAUCGCCGCCCCGACUUCCCGGAGCCACCGCUCGGAACUCCCGCUUGUCCCUACGGUAACGCCUGCUAUCGACGCAAUCCAGUUCAUUUUCAGGAGCACGCCCAUCCGUCGGAUUUCAAUUCCGCCCAUAAUAUCCGCAAUCGUCUGCGGCAACGACGAGCCCAACGGCAGAAUGACGACGACUCUGGGACAGAUGAGGACGAGGAUCCCUUCGGAGGCGAUAAUGACAACGAUGCGGACUAUCGCCCAGGCGCGGAUAUAGACGAAGAUGAGGAUGAUGAACUGGAGUUUGAAAGCCAGCGCAUAAAUAGCGAUGAUUACGAUUAGACUACACAUUCACGUUCAUUGUUAACCUGGACCGAACGUUCCAUUUACCAAAUAAUUGGUUUAAUAUAUAUAUUCGUUUGUUGUGAACUUA